AUGAACUUCCCUGAUGAGGUGUCAGUUUGGGGGACUGGUUUUAACCUGGAGGGUGGCCAGCCAGCUGGUGCCCACACAACCAGUCCUGGAGCCCCACCGGGCCAUGGCUGUGACCUGGAUUUUGGCAUGCCGCGCAGCAGCAAGGGCGAGAGCAGGUUCACAGAUCCUGAGGGCUUCAGCUUCGAGUCUGAGAGUGAAAUGAUAGAGUAGGGAAGGGUGGUGCUCUUGGGUCAGGGAGGCAGGCCUGACCCGGUCAAUGACCAAGGGGCUGGUGUGGACUACUCCUCCUACCCAGCAGAGGAGCCAGCCGCCAUCGUGCCACCACCCAGCAUCCAGAGACACCCGUCCUUAGAAGUCGCUGCUGACAAAGGGUCUGCCGACAUUUGGACGGACCCGAAGGUUGGUCCUAGCGGGAGAGGCGCACUGGGCCAUAGCCCUGGAAAAUGGCAACAGGUCUCCAUCGGCUCUCUCUACCUCAGUGGUCCUGGGACAGGCCCAGCUUGGGAGAACCUGGAAAGGGGCUCAAAGAGCAGACAGAGUGUCCAAGUGGAUCCCCAGCAGCCCUCCGAGAAAGGCCCCGCCAGGCUGUCUACCCACGAGUCUGAUUCUCAGGGCAAGCCCAGAAGCCCCAAGAAGCCAGCAGACACUUGCAGACUCCCGAGUUUCCACCGCAGGGAGAGCAACCAUCAAGUUCAGGACCCUCUCCUGAUCUCUGCUCCCCACAGACUCACUCCAGCCGUGGAGGGGCCCGCCGUGGGAAAGCUGGACGCGUCUUCCUCGAAGAAAAUGCGGAGCACGGCCUGGGGAAAGGUGGGGGUCAGGCCCAGCUGCUCAGGAGCUGCCGUUACAGGGCCAGUACCCCGGGGCUCUCCAGGAAAGAAGGUGGCCCAGGACAAGAAAUCCCUAGGGGGUGAGCCAAAACGGGCCCCGGAGGGAGCCUUUCCUGCCUGGGGGCAGAGACGUUCAACAAUUCCGCAGGAUCCGGCCAGCUUUCCGCCAGUCUCUGGUGUGGGUCUCCUGGGGAAGUCCGGGAGACCCAAGGAGCUCAAGCACUGCAGCCCUGGGAAGAAAUCUGCGGGAAGAAAAACCAGAGAGUCCCAGGCUGCGGCCAGAGAAGAUAAUGACACGAAUAGAGAUGAGGUCCCAAGGGCCCAACUUCCCACACACAAGCCAGAGGUGAUUUCCCUGUCCAUGCCUCGUGGAGAAUGCAGCAGUGGGGACCCCGCCAUCAGAGCUCCCCAAGUUCCAGGAACCUCACAGCCCUCGGCCUUGAGCGUGAGACGUCUCGUACCCACACCCCGUGAGUCUUGUGGGUUUGACAGGGGUGACCAGCAGCCAUCUGUUCGUCCCUCAAGACCGGAAGGGCAGCAGCAGCCUCCGGGAGCCCCGCACUGUCCUCGGUGCAUCCUGCUACGAAGAGAAAUUGAGGACCUUAGAGACCGACUAGGUAUGACGGAGCCCUGGCUGGGGCAGGGAUGGGCAGCGCUGUCUUUCUGCAGGUGCCGAGGGUGGGGCUGGGGUGCAGGUGCAGGCCGCAUCACAGGGACUGACUUUCCCCUGGGGAAGAGAACCAAGCAGGCCUGGCCCUGGAGCCUUCCGUGCCUUUCCAGCUGGGGUGUGCACAGACAGCAAGGGUCGUCUGAACUCCAUGUACACUUUGUCCAUGAGUCCCAGAGAUCUCCUUCUCUUAGGGCCAUUAGAGAUACCGCAUGUGUUUUCCCUUUAACUGCUGCCUGGUACGGCUUGUGCGGUUUUUGCUUGGUGGCUGUCGUAUCUGUCUUGGAAAUACGUUCUGAACGGUUCUGGGAUGCCCCAACACCUGAGAACCACUUUCCCGCUUAG